CCGGCGCCACCAUUAACCCCGAGUCUAGCUCUCACUAUCUCUCUCCCUCUCUCUCUCCGAAAUUUCACGGUGUUUGGAAAUGGCGACAGUUCCAGGACAAUUGAUCUGGGAGAUUGUUAAGACCAACAACUGUUUCUUGGUCAAACAGUUCGGACGAGGCAACGCUAAGGUUCAGUUCAGCAAAGAGAAGAACAACCUCUGCAACCUUAACUCCUACAAGCACUCUGGUCUUGCAAACAAGAAGACAGUGACCAUCCAGCCAGCUGACAAGGAACAAGGUGUUGUCCUCGCCACCACCAAGACCAAGAAGCAGAACAAGCCUAAGGUCUCUGUCAACAAGUCUAUCCUCAAGAAGGAAUUCCCCAGGAUGUCCAAGGCUGUUGCUAACCAGGUGGUUGACAACUACUACAGGCCAGACUUGAAGAAAUUCGCUCUUGCCAGACUCAGUGUCAUCAGCAAAAGCAUUAGGGUUGCCAAGUCCGGUGCGAAGCAAAGAAACCGUCAAGCUUAAGCUUUUUUCCAGAAUAUGUUCUUUUUUUCGAAAGUUAAAAGAUUUUGCUGAACAAGUUUUAUCUUAAGUUGUUUUGUUGAAUCAUAACACUAUUCUCCUUUCCAGGAGUUAGUUUUUAUUAUGAUUAUGUUACUUGUGUGUGUUUUGUUGGAUCUAUUUUAUCAAAUCAAGAACUUGAUAAAACC